UAAGCAUUUCAACCCAUCCUCUCCUCUCGAGUCAAUUCAAUUUGCCUAUCUCUCUCACCUCUUCUUACUCUCUCUCUUUGGUAACCAUAUACACAUAAAAUUUACAGAUAUUCAUACACACGCAUAUAUACACACAGUCUUCCAUAGACAUCAACCUCAAGCUCAGAGAGAGAGAGAGAGAGAGAUGAAGGGCAUGUUCGUGGAGCAGAACAUUGGGGCUUAUGAAAGUGGAGAUGUGAACAAGAGCUUUGUCGACGACGAUGGCCGCGAGAAAAGAACCGGGACAUGGAUGACGGCAAGCGCGCACAUAAUAACGGCGGUGAUAGGGUCGGGAGUGCUGUCGUUGGCGUGGGCCAACGCGCAGCUCGGCUGGAUAGCCGGUCCGGCCGUACUGAUGGCGUUCUCUAUCAUAACGUAUUUCACGUCCACCAUGCUCGCCGACUGUUACCGUUCGCCUGACCCCGUCACCGGAAAACGUAACUACACCUACAUGGAAGUUGUUCGCUCUUACUUAGGGGGAAGAAAAGUCCAAUUAUGCGGGUUGGCUCAAUACGGGAAUCUGAUUGGAAUAACCAUCGGUUAUACAAUCACAGCAUCAAUAAGCAUGGUGGCUGUGAAGAGAUCGAACUGUUUCCACAAGCACGGACACCAUGUGAAAUGCCAAACAUCAAACAAUCCCUUCAUGAUAAUAUUUGCUUGCAUCCAAAUCGUUCUAAGCCAAAUCCCUAACUUCCACAAGCUCUCUUGGCUCUCCAUUCUCGCCGCCGUCAUGUCCUUCGCUUACGCCUCCAUAGGCGUCGGCCUCUCCAUCGCCAAAGUCGUCGGUGGUGCGCAUUCACGGACUGCCCUGACGGGAGUGACGAUCGGAGUCGAUGUAACGUCGUCCGAAAAAGUUUGGAGAACGUUCCAAGCGAUCGGCGAUAUCGCGUUCGCUUACGCUUAUUCCACCGUCCUCAUCGAGAUUCAAGACACACUGAAGUCAAGCCCAGCAGAGAACAAGGCCAUGAAAAGGGCAAGUUUGGUCGGUGUCUCGACGACAACCAUGUUCUACAUGCUAUGUGGCUGCGUUGGUUACGCCGCCUUUGGCAACGACGCUCCCGGGAACUUCCUUACUGGUUUCGGUUUCUAUGAGCCCUUUUGGCUCAUCGACUUUGCCAAUGUCUGCAUCGCCAUCCAUCUCAUUGGCGCCUACCAGGUGUUUUGCCAGCCGAUCUUUCAGUUCGUGGAGAGCCAGAGCGCCAAACGUUGGCCGGACAACAGGUUCAUAACGGGCGAAUACACAAUCAACAUACCUUUCUGUGGCGAGAUUUAUGUCAGCUUCUUCAGAUUGGUUUGGAGGACGUCAUAUGUUGUCGUGACGGCGGUCGUAGCAAUGAUCUUCCCGUUCUUCAACGAUUUCUUGGGUCUCAUCGGGGCAGCCUCGUUCUGGCCAUUGACAGUGUACUUCCCCAUAGAGAUGCAUAUUGCUCAGAGGAAAAUGAAGAAAUUCUCAUCUACCUGGACAUGGCUGAAGAUUCUAAGCUGGGCAUGCUUGAUUGUCUCCCUCGUUGCUGCUGCUGGAUCCGUCCAAGGACUCAUUCAAAGCCUCAAGACCUAUAAGCCAUUCCAGGUCCAACAAUGAAGUUCUUCUUCUUGACCAAUUCGGAUCCAAGAAGACAACCAUGUAAGAUUAAUCAAUAAGUCUGUGUAUUCCUUUGUAGUUUAUUGGUGGUGUUGCAAACCAGCAAACAACUUGUACUUGUGCUUGUCAGGUGAAUCUCUGAAAGAAAUCUAUCAGCAAUUAGUUUCUAUAC